AUGGGCAUAUGUAAAUCUAAACCCUCAAAAAACUCUUAACCUUAAUUUUAAUCCUCUCCUACAGUCUGCAUAACUCCAAUCAUAAAUCAAAAAAAUAAAAAUAAAAAGCAAAACCAAAAACCAAAAAAAAUUACAUUUUAUGAAGAAGUAAUUAUACAAAAAGAAGAGCUAUCAAAUCAAAAAAGCUAUUCUCCUCCACCAAAGCUUUGUUUUUGUAGUAGCAAUUAAAGUUCUAAUAAAGAUUUUUUAUUGGGAUUGAUGAGGAUACCAAAAGAAAGAUAGAAUUAAGUAGCCUAAGCAAUAUAAAGCAAGCAAACGCUGUUUGGGAAAACACUAAGAUUUUCAAAUUCAACGAAAAAAGGACAAAGAGAUGGAUUUAAGGAUUCACCAUUAAGAUAAUGA